AAUGCAAUCUUGGAUUAUUUUUUGAUUGUGCCACGCAAAGACUUCCCAACAAAGUAGGGAAAAGUUGGAAAAACUAAUUUUAAAGGCAAACUAAUAAUUUUUAAACCCAAUAAACAUUUCAUACGCGCUCUGCUGGAUAACUCUGUGAACUUUUCAGAAAAACAAAUAUAUUCGUUCUGCUCUAUAGCCAGAAAUGGGUUCAAGCCAUAGUAUAGAGGUACCGGGAGGUGGCACCGAAGGAUACCACGUACUAAAAGUGCAAGACAAUUCUCCUGGCCAAAAGGCAGGUUUGGAAGCCUUUUUUGAUUUUAUUGUUGCCAUUGCUGGCACUCGUCUUGAUCAGGAUAACGACAUGUUGAAAGAGUUACUACGUCAGAAUGUUGAUAAGCCUGUAAGAAUAACGGUAUACUCUAGCAAGACCCAAACUGUGCGAGAGUUGAUGUUAACUCCAAGUAAAACAUGGGGUGGUCAAGGUUUGCUGGGUGUCAGUAUACGCUUUUGUUCGUUCGAGGGUGCGAAUGAAAACGUCUGGCACAUUCUUGAAGUACAUCCCAACUCACCGGCUGAAAUCGCAGGAUUACGUGCAUAUUCAGAUUAUGUUAUUGGCGCAGAUGCUAUACGUCAUGAAAACGAUGACCUAUUUACUUUAAUUGAAACACACGAAAAUCAACCACUGAAAAUGUACGUAUACAAUAUCGAUGACGAUGCCUGCCGUGAAGUCACUAUUAAACCAAAUUCUAAUUGGGGCGGCGAGGGUGCAUUGGGUUGCGGCAUUGGUUAUGGUUACUUACAUCGUAUACCAGUACAGGCAGUGACAUCGGUCGCAAAGGCACCAACCACAAUCGAACCAGUAAACACAGCACCAAUUUCAACAAGCACCAUACCAACAACGUCGGCAGCCUCAACACCACUCAUCACACCAACACUGCCUUACGUCCCUCCUUUGACGAGCACUUUUAAACAAUCGCAAAAUUCUUUGUCAAAUGAAGGAUCAACGGAAUCCGCAGCUGGAGUUCCGCCGGCAACCACUUCACAACAACCGAGCGUUUUUCAAACAUACUUCAAUCCUGAAGCAGCAAGUAUAGCGGGUAGUAGCAGUUUUGAUAUAACAGCUGCGACAGUAAACCCUGUAAUCAACCCAAUUGGAGUAACCAAGGAUCAAAAGGGUACCGAGAGUACCGCCACAACAGGUGCCUUGUUUCCAGCUGCUGGUCCAAGUAUAUCGCAACCAUCUCAGUUCUAUGUUCCAAAUAUACCACCACCCAGCAAUUUGUUUAUUCCCGGCUCUAAUGAUCAACAACCAACAUCGUCUGCUAGCGUCUCUGGUAAUACCACAGCCACAGGAGCUACUCAGUUGCCAUAUCCACAGGUCACAUUACCACCACAAUUUGUUUCCACUGCGGCUACGGUACCAAUGUAUUCAAUGGCAUCUCAACAACAACAAUACAUGACCGCACCAGUACCACUGUCGUAUCCAGCUGCGCAAACGGUACCCACUUAUCCGCAAGUGCAACCAACAAGUGGACAUUAUCCGACACAGCCAACACCUAUGCCGCCACAAAUGUACGCACAGCAAACAUCGGCAGCGGCACCCCCUGCAGGUGUCCCACCAACAUCAGUGUCACAUAUGCAAGCAAUCCAACAAACAUUUGCUAAUUAGUUAUUCAUAAUAUGAAAAUUAUAUUUACCCUAUUUUAAAUCCGUUGUUUUAUGAUUAUUCGUAUAUAUGUAUGUACAUAUAUGUUUUAUGCUUUUGGCAAUUUGACUACAAACAAUUAGUAGUAUUGUAUUAAAUACGCAUUAUUGAAUGUAUAUGGCAAUGUGCAAAAUGUUACAAAAUUUGAGCGAAUCCUUAAUUGCAAUAUAGUAAGCAUAUGUAUGUAUGUAAUGGUAAAAGCA